UUUAAAUUUUGAAGUUUGUUUACUGGUUUGCUUUGCGCCAUUAAUGUGGUUGUGUCGAUGCGAAAAGUUAGUUUUUUUUUUAUUAAAAGUGUUUAAAAUAUCAUAGAUCUUAAAUUAAGUGAUUGUUGAUACUAAGAAACUUGAUGAGUAAUAACAAUAAACUAGUAUUUUCAUCAAUUCUUGACAAUUCAACACAAGAAGAUGCUCAUCGGGCUGAAGUUAGUUCAUCUAUUGGCAAUACGGAUCUUUUGCAAAAUUACACAAAUUUAUCACAAAAAUUAAGAGCUGAUUUAGACGUAAGUCCUGGUACUUUAAAAGACGUCACCAUGGAUAAUUCAUAUGGUGUAGGAUACCGUUCUCCCUGCGUGGGCUCCCAAGGGUUCAUGUCUGGACAAGGAAAUUCUCUUCGAGAGAUCGAAGAACAAAUUGUGUCUUUACGAAAGGAAAACUUCAAUCUAAGACUACGUGUGUAUUUUUUAGAAGAAAAUGUGCCAGGAUAUAAUCAACCAGAUAAAACCAUACCUGAAGAUACACUUUUAAAACAAUUAGUUGAUUAUAAGGUUGAAGUAGAAAUGCUACGUAAAGAUGUUCAAGAUAAGCAAGAAUUGCUUAAAGAAGCUGCGGCUGCUCUGACACAUAUGGAGGAGAUAGCAAACGAAAAACAGAUGCAAAAUAGUGAAGAUAAUAAGAAGGAUUGUAGUCAAACAUCGGAAGAAAUUGCAACAGGUGAAAACAUAGACAAAUUAAAUAAUAUGGCAGCGAACUCUAAGAUAAGUGAACUGGAAGAGUUACUGAAAGCAUCUAAUGAAAAGAUUAAUGACUUCCAAAAUCAAAUAUCUGCACUGGAUGACAUUCUUACACGACGAGAUGAAACAAUAAAAGAAUAUCAAGAACAAAUCAAAGAGUUGCGUUGUCAAAAAUCAGAUCUAGAGCAGUCAUUAGAAGCAAGAGAGAGAGAAAUUAAUACCGUAGAGAGUAUUGAAAUGGUCACGCAAGAGAUGCAGGAAAUUAAAUCUGAGUUAGCUGACAAAACGUGUAUGCUUCUAGAAGCUGAGGACGAGAUAACCAGUCUGAAGCAAAAACACGAGCACGCGUGCCGUAAUGUCCAAAAGCUUAUGUUAAAUUUAAAAUCGAAAGAAGAAGAGAUAGAAAAGUUUAAACAACUUAUUGCGGAUGGACCAUCUUCGUCGAAUAAAGACUGUUUAAAUUCACAAGCCGGUUUAAAUACUUUAGAAAGUACUAAUCGAAAACUUUCUUUGAGUGAUUCUGAGGUCGUUAAUGAUGUGUCUAUUGCAAAUAAAGAAAAACUUGAAAUGACAAUUCAGCAGCAGAAAAAAACUAUACAAAAUUUAAAGUUGGAGAUAAAGAAAAAAACUGUAGAUUUACAGAAAUUAGUCAACAAGGAACUAUGGGAAAAAAAUCGUGAAAUUGAGCGACUAACUAAAUUAUUAAGUGAACAUCCAUCGGAAUCAGUUUUGUCACCAGUUAGCAGCAAAGAUACAAGUUUGGAACUUAAGCAUGCAUAUUCAGAUGAAGAUUAUAUGAAAGCUUUAGAACGCAAUAAACUCCUUCAGCGUAAGGUCGAUGUUCUUAUUCAACGUUUAGGAAGUGAACGAAAUAAUGAUUCUGUUAUAAUUCAAUUACGAAAUGAAUUACGCCAAGCACGUAAUGAAGCUGAAAAUGCUGAUAGAUGGCGCCAAGAUUGUGCCGAUGUAUGUACAUUAUUAUCAAAUCGUUUAGAAGAGCUUGCUGGUUUUUUGAAUUCAUUAUUAAAUCAUAAAGAUGUACUUGGCUUUUUAGCUGCCGAUAGACACCAUGCUAUGCGGAAAGCAGUAAAUCGUAGCCUUGAUCUAUCAAAGAAUUUGAACAUUACAUUAUCUAUGACAGGAAAUUCUGCCGGCGAUCAAAGCUUACUACAAUUAAGUAAUCUUUCUGGUAUUUUAGGAGACCUUAAUGAAGGUGAAAAUAUGACAUACAAUUCAUAUAAAGGUGAGACCGAAGAAGAGGCUAUUAAAAAUUUGAAGUUUGAAAACAAAGCUCUUAAAAAAGAACUUGAAAAACGUCGGAAUGAUACUAAAAGAGAUCGACGUUCAUUACCUAUACCACUGCCACUUUCAAUUGAAAAUCAAAGUGAGUCAGAAGAUUGGUCGGAACCUGAUCGAAAAGUUUCUUUAGCACGUAUUGGACUAGACGAUUAUUCGUCAUCAAUAACUAAAGAUUUGAAAAAAGCAACUGAUACUGAUACAGACACUAAUACUUGCACUCAAAGUCGUAAUUCAAAAACUAAAUCACAAGACCGGAUUGCACAAUUGGAACAAAUCAUUUUAGAGCGUGAUGAACGUAUUUUGGAAAUUCAAUGUCAGUUGGUUGAAACAGAUAAUCGUUUAAAAAAAGAAAACCUACAUGUAUUGGAUAUGAGAGAUGAACUUCAGCAUUUACGUAAACGUAAUGAAGAGUUGCAUGCUGAUCUAAUAACAAUUGGAGACAAAGAACCUGUGAAUUCAUUAAACGAGUCACUGCUUUUAAAACAAAUUGAUGAAAAAGAACAUCAAAUGAAAAAGUUAGUAGAUGAACGCGAUUGCUUGUCAGUGCAGAUUGCUUUAAGUGAAAUACAAAUAAAAGAUUUAAAAUUAGAAAUAAAUGAAAUAAAAAAGAAGCACGAAGUUGCAAUAAAAAUUGCAACGGAAGAACAAACUAAAAAACUUGAAAAUCUGCAAAAAGAAUUCGAGGCACGUCUAGAGGAACGUAUUAAUGAACAAGAGCGUAAACAUAGAAAUGCACUCGCAAACGAUUGGACUGAACGUUCUUUAUAUGAAGCGAACAAAAAACAAUUAAUUGAGUUACAACGCCAAUUUGUGGAAGCUCAGCGUACAAUUGAUUAUUUAAAUGAAAAUGAGCAGGAACUUAAAGAGUCACUAGUGCAAAGCGAAUUUUCAGCCCGUGCGCUGAAAAAGCAAUUAGAUGAAUCUACAAUACAAUCUUCGAAAACUAUAACAGAACGUACAAAGGCUUUAAAUGAUAAAUUGCAACUUGAAAAGCAAGUACAGGAAUUAAAAGAAAAGAUAGCAGAAAAUGAAAUUAAUAAUAAUAUUCUGCAAAAGCAGUUACAACAAUUUAAAUAUGAAUAUGACCAACUCAAAACGAAAUUUAAUUCUAUUACCCGAAUGAGACAAAAUAGCAGUGAUGUUUCAAACUCUGAAUAUACAUCAGAGGAGAUACCAAAGCAAGAUAGAAUGCCUGGUAUUAGUGAUGUAAAUACUAUACGAGAUGCUGCCACAAAUACUUCACGUCAAAAUAAUCAAUCACCGGAUUUGGGCAUAGAAAGUGAUGCUGGUCGUGUUUCUAGUGUAGAAGUAACAAGUACACAACACUCUAAAUUAAAAACUGUGGAGCUGUCUAUGGCUAAAGAAAAUAUUUCAAUUAAAAAUGAAAUAAAUGCAUCAGCAAUUAAUGACGAACAAAGGCAGCAACCAUCUCCUAAGAGUAAUAUUGCGCAGGAAAAUGUACAUGAUUGUGCCAAGGUAGAUCAAGAAAAUGCAGAAUUACGUCGCAAAUUGUUACGCACAAAACGAGCAUUAGAAGACACGUAUCAGAAACUACAUAUAUCUAACCAAAAGAAAGCACAGGUCGAAAAAGAUAUUAAAAAUCAAAUACUAAAAACUCACAAUGUGCUUAAAAAUGUACGAUCGAAUAUGGAGAAUGAAUUGUGAUAAAGGCAUUAAUGGUCAUUGAAAUUGCACCACUCAUCACAUUUAUAAUUUAUAUAUCAUAAAUUAGAAACGAUAUAAUAUUAUUAAAAUCAUUACCAUCGACUAACAAUUGUAAUAACUGUUGUCAAUUAAUAACUGUUUACUUGUGUUUAUGUUGGUUUAAGUCAUUUUUUUACUUACUUAAAAUAAGUUCAUUUUUUAUAUAUUCGUUUAUUUCGGGUAUGGUGUGGUCUAUAAGUGUUUUAAAAAAUUGUAGAAAGUGCUAAAAUAUUUUAAAAUAUAUUUUAAUACAAUAUUACUUUGUUACAACAUUAA